CGAGGCUCAGAGCUUGCCACGAACAUCAAAGGGGAAAUCGUUGCGUAUCGACUCUCAUCCUAUAAAGCUUACUGUCCUCCUUUGUUUUUUGUAAAAAGAUUCGCUCUGAAACCUAGUCCAAAUUGUUGUAGUAUAGAACAAACGCCUCCUUUUUACAACUUCAUUCCUUGUCUAUCCUUGUUUGACUUUAUUUAUUUAUUUCGACACCAUCAUCUACACAAAUAGACAUCAUGGCUGAGGCUCAAUUGAACGAUUUCCCUUCGCUCUUCUCCCUCAAGGGCAAAGUUGCUGUUGUCACUGGUGGUUCUCGCGGUCUAGGUCUUCACGCGGCUUCAGCAUUUCUACAAGCAGGCGCAUCAAAAGUCUUUAUCUCAUCCCGCAAGGCCUCCGCCUGUGAGGAAGCUUGCAAGGCUCUCAAUGCGCUCCCCAACCUUCAACCCGGCGCUGUCGCCAUCUCAGUCCCUGCCGACUCUGCCAAGUUCGAGGGCGUAGAGAGUCUGCUCGCGCAGGUCAAGAAGCACACUGAUCGCGUGGAUAUCCUCUUUGCCAACGCUGGCGCGACAUGGGGCGAGUCUUUCGAUACGCACCCCGACUCUGCCUUUGCCAAGGUCAUGGAUCUUAACGUCAAGGCUGUGUUCAACACGAUCCGCCUCUUCACACCACUUCUCGAGAAGAGCGCUACGAUCCAGGACCCCAGCCGCGUCCUCAUCACAGCUAGUGUUGCUGGUCUCGCUGUCGGCACCAUUGGAAAGCAGGGCACUUACGGUUACUCUGCCAGCAAGGCUGCUGUGCUGCAUCUCGGACGCAACCUGGCUAUGGAGUUGGGACCCCGACACAUCACCGUCAACUCAAUCUGCCCUGGCUUCUUCCCCAGCAAGAUGUCCAACGGACUUUUGGAGAUGUCGGGUGGUGCCGACCAGUUCGCCGCCGCCAACCCUAUGCGCAGACUUGGUCAGCCUGAGGAUAUUGCUGGUGUCGUUGUUUACCUGGCUAGUCGGGCUGGAGCUCACGUCAACGGUGAGACAGUCGCUAUUGAUGGUGGUGCCCUGUGGCAACGUGGGGAGCUCAUGAUUGCGGAGAAGGCCAAGCUAUAAGUGUGUCACGGUGAGCAGUUUAUGAUAAAGCCAACCAUUAAUUUACACGUUUCAAAUCGCAAUACAAUCUCAUGAUUUAAUUUAUUUUUGACUAUCUUUUUUGUUAUUCUUCAGGCGCCGACCGU